AAAUUACAAAGUUGUGUUCAGCUAGGUAACAGAAUAUUGAACAUAGCAGAGGCAAUACUUGGUAUUACUAGCGGAAUUCCCACUAUUGGGUUUUCAAUAUAAUACGUUUAAAGUUGUAUAUAUAAUACUGAAAUGAAAAAGACGAGUAAUAAGGGUCAAACAUAUGCAUCGAGUCAAGAAGAUAGUGAAAAUGAUAGCGAUGAAACUGAAUGCAGCAUUGGUAGUAAUUCGACAGCAGGUACUCAUCGUAGUGACACACCUACACGCAGCGCACGUUACAGAAGGAAAGGAAGACGUAGAAGUAAAACUACAAAAUAUAAGUCUUGCACAGAUAAGCCCCUUUAUAAAUAUUGCUGCAGUAUUAAGGAAGAUCAUGGACAACCGUUGUUUGGUGUACAGUUCAAUCAUCAUUUAAAGGAAGGAGAGCCAUUAAUAUUUGCUUCUGUAGGAAGCAAUCGUGUAAGCAUUUACGAGUGUCCCGAAGGGGGUAAUAUCAGACUACGUCAGUGCUAUGCGGAUCCUGAUCCGGAAGAAAAUUUUUAUACUUGUAUUUGGACUUACGAUGAUUCUGGAAAACCUCUAUUAGCAGUGGCAGGAUCACGUGGUGUUGUUAGAGUCAUUAGUCCUGUAACUAUGACUUGUAUUAAGCAUUAUAUUGGACACGGCCAUGCAAUAAAUGAAUUAAAAAUUCAUCCUAAAGAUCCCAAUAUAUUGCUCUCAGCAUCAAAGGACCAUGCUCUCAGGUUAUGGAAUAUAAAAACUGAUGUCUGUAUAGCAAUUUUUGGCGGAGUCGAAGGCCAUAGAGAUGAAGUUUUAAGUGCAGACUUUGAUAUGAAAGGGGAACGUAUCAUCUCAUGCGGCAUGGAUCAUGCUUUGAAAUUAUGGUCAUUGGAUAAACCGGAUAUGCAAGAAGCAAUAAAACAAUCUUAUUACUCUAAUCCUACCCGUAACGGAAGACCUUUUGAUUCCAUACUGCAACAUUUUCCAGACUUCACUACACGAGAUGUACAUCGUAACUACGUUGAUUGUGUUAAAUGGUAUGGUGACUUUAUUUUAAGCAAAUCUUGUGAAAACUGUAUCGUAUGUUGGAAACCAGGACGUCUCGAAGAUUCUCAACUACGUAAUGGAGAAACAAGUGCCACAGUUUUACAUCGAUUUGAAUUUAAAGAAUGUGAUAUAUGGUUUAUAAGGUUUUCAAUGGAUUUUUGGCAACGCACAAUAGCUUUAGGAAAUCAAGUUGGCAGAACAUAUGUAUGGGACUUAGAGGUUGAUGAACCUGGACAAGCACGGUGUUAUUCCCUUCAUCAUCCUAGAUGUACUGCCCCUAUACGACAGACAAGUUUAAGUAGAGAUGGCUCAGUGCUAUUAUGUGUUUGUGAUGACGCCACUGUAUGGAGAUGGAACCGUGAACAUUAAUAGUUAUAUAAUAUAUAAAAAUGUGCCUUCAUACUUACAGAAUGUACCACAUUAAGCUUACUGCCUUUUAAUAUGGAGUAUUAUAAAAUAACUCUUAUCAAUAAUAGGUUGUACACUUAUUACAAAAUAUUAAUCAGAUAAUUGUAAUAAUUUUAAUUCAUAAAUAAUUUAUGAGGAAAUUACGAUUUAUACAUCCAUACUAUUAUUAGUAUGUUAGACUUUCGCAUUAAUUUCAAGCAAAGUUAAACGAGGUGAAUUCGUAUAUAUAUAUCGCAUAGGUAAAUUAUAAUGAUACUUGCACGAAAAA